CGACCCGUGCAGCUGCGCGCGGUCCUCGUCGGCGUCUUCUUCCCCCCCCCUCGUCUCCACCUCCCCGUGCUCGCUCACGCUGUCUGUUCCUCGAACCGCCGCGGCGUCACGUCACAGCCACCAGGCGCGAGGCCUGAGGAGGGGGGAGCCGGAGACCGGCGACGCGGGGGAGAGAUGAUCUCGCAGUUCUUCGUGCUGUCGCAGCGCGGCGACCACAUCGUCUUCCGCGACUAUCGCGGCGAGGUGCCCAAGGGCAGCGCGGAGAUCUUCUUCCGAAAGGUCAAGUUCUGGAACGAGGACGAGGCCGAGGAGGCGCCUCCAGUGUUCAAUAUCGAUGGGGUUAAUUAUGUCCAUGUCAAAGUCGCGGGACUAUUUUUUGUGGUAACCACAAUGGUCAAUAUCUCGCCGUCGCUUCUCUUGGAACUUCUGCAAAGGAUCGCACGUGUUACAAAAGACUAUCUUGGUGUACUAAAUGAAGAUUCUUUGAGGAAGAACUUCAUUUUAGUCUACGAGUUGCUCGAUGAAGUUAUUGACUUCGGGUACCCACAAACAACUUCUACCGAGGCUCUGAAGUCGUACAUAUUUAAUGAGCCAAUCAUGGUUGAUGCUGGACGGUUGCCACCACUUGGUCCUGCUGCUAUGUUCAUGCAAGGCACGAAGCGGAUGCCGGGUACGGCUGUGACAAAAUCUGUUGUUGCUAAUGAGCCUGGUGGGAAAAAGAGAGAGGAGAUUUUUGUUGAUAUCAUUGAAAAAAUAAGCGUGACAUUCAGCUCGAGUGGUUAUAUACUUACCUCUGAGAUUGAUGGAACCAUCCAAAUGAAAAGUUACCUUAGUGGGAAUCCAGAAAUCCGUCUAGCUCUGAAUGAGGAUUUGGGCAUUGGAAAGAAUAGCUCUUCUACACAUGAUUACAGAAGUUCUUCUGGAGGAGGAUCCGUCGUUCUUGAUGAUUGUAACUUCCAUGAGUCAGUGCAGCUCGACAGUUUUGACAUUGACAGAACUCUGCAUUUAAUACCACCUGAUGGAGAAUUUCCAGUGAUGAACUACCGGAUGACUCAAGAAUUUAAGCCACCCUUCCGCGUUACUGCACUAAUUGAAGAAGCUGGCCCAUCUAGGGCUGAAGUUCUAUUGAAAAUACGGGCAGACUUUCCUGCGAAUGUCACUGCUAACACAAUCACAGUACAGAUGCCAGUACCCUCUUACACUAUGAGGGCAAGUUUUGAACUGGAAGCUGGGGCAGUUGGACAGACAACGGAUUUUAAAGAAGGAACUAGGAGACUGGAGUGGAAUCUAAAGAAGAUUGUUGGUGGUUCCGAGCAUACCCUUCGUGCAAAGCUCACAUUUUCUCAGGAGACACAUGGAAACCUCACAAAGGAAGCCGGACCAGUAAACAUGAACUUCACUAUACCUAUGUACAAUGCUUCAAAGUUACAGGUCAGAUAUCUUCAGAUAGCGAAGAAAUCCAAAACAUACAAUCCAUACAGGUGGGUCAGAUAUGUGACACAGGCCAACUCGUAUGUAGCCCGGCUAUGAGGACAUUGUUUGUACAAUUCUUCCAAAGGCCCUUGUGCAACUUUCUUUUAGUGUUAAUUUUUUCUUCUGUAAUAUGCAGAAAAUGCAUGAUGGUUGUUUGUAUUCUGAGCAGUGAAUAAAUUUCAUGUUCGUCUGGUAA